AUGGCACCUCUUGUAUGGCUUGUAACAGGAGCCUCGGCUGGAAUCGGAGCUGCACUCGUCGACGAAAUCGUCCGUCGAGGCGACAAAGUCAUUGCUGCCAACAGACAGGUCGAUCAGAUGGCCGAUCGCGCUUCGGACAAUGUGUCGCUUCUUGAGCUCGACCUCACGUCUGGCUCCAAGGUUAUUGCAAGCAAAGUCAAGGAGGCCUGGCAGAUUUUCGGACACAUCGAUGUUCUUGUCAACAAUGCCGGCACAUUCUUGCUCAGUCCCUUCGAGGAUGUUAGCGAUCACGACGCAGAACGCAUCUUCCAAACCAACGUCUUCGGCCAGCUUCACAUAACGCGGGCCAUUCUCCCAUUCUUCCGACAACAGGGCUCAGGAACAAUCACUUUUACGGCCUCGAACCAACUCUGGGGCAACUUGCCUUACACGACGUACUAUAACAUGACCAAGUGGGCAAACAGCUCUUUUGCCGAAUCGCUGCACAAAGAGGUCUCCUCCCUCGGCAUCCGCUGCGUCGCUUUUGAGUGUGGCGGUGUUGUCACGCGCAUGUUCGAACCGCGCGAGAAGGACAAAGUCGCGAAGCAAAACAAGGAGGACACGAGCCCCAUCGAAGCAUACGUCCCAGGGCUUACCGCUGUCUCGCAGGCGGUGGCUGAAUGGGGAAUGCCUCCAGGAGAUCCUGUCAAGAUUGCAAAGGCAAUGGCCGAUGUUGUCAAGGGCGAGGGUAUAGCGGCUGGUAGGACUUGGUCUUCACGCAUUGCUUUGGGUUCGGAUUCCCUUCGAUGGUGGAAGAUUAAAAGACAACAGGAGGCCGUAGUGAUGGAUCGAUGGGAGGACGUCACCAUCAGCACCGAUCGUGACGAUGUAGUGCUCUCCGACAAGUUGGAUCCCUUUGUUCUGAUAUCAGGGGCUGAGUAA